GGGUGCCGCCGCUCUAGCGCUGCACCCUAGCCGCAGCCCCGGGUUCUUCGCCUCGUUCGUCUCGAGCAGGCAGUCCGGCUUCUGGUGCUGGUGUCCGGCAGCGGAUUAAACCGCCACCAUGUCUAGCAAAAAGGCAAAGACCAAGACCAAGAAGCGCCCCCAGCGCGCAACCUCCAACGUGUUCGCCAUGUUUGACCAGUCACAGAUUCAGGAGUUUAAGGAGGCCUUCAACAUGAUCGAUCAGAAUAGAGAUGGUUUCAUCGACAAGGAGGACUUGCAUGAUAUGCUUGCUUCUCUAGGGAAGAAUCCAACUGAUGCAUACCUUGAAGCCAUGAUGAAUGAGGCUCCAGGGCCCAUAAACUUCACCAUGUUCCUCACCAUGUUUGGGGAGAAGCUGAAUGGCACAGACCCAGAAGAUGUCAUCAGAAAUGCUUUUGCUUGCUUUGAUGAAGAAGCAACUGGCACCAUUCAGGAGGAUUACCUGCGAGAGCUGCUGACCACGAUGGGAGAUCGGUUUACGGAUGAGGAAGUGGAUGAGCUGUACAGAGAGGCACCUAUUGACAAAAAGGGGAAUUUCAAUUACAUUGAGUUCACGCGCAUCCUUAAACAUGGAGCGAAAGACAAAGAUGAUUGAAAAGAACUUGAGCUAAAACUUUCCAAUUACUUUGUCUUACUCUGUUUUAUUUCCCAGUCACUUCCCCCCUCAUAGAUCUGUUGCAUGCAACUUAGUUUCACAGCUUUGCCUCUUUUUCGGUGUAUUUAUUCUAGACCUUUCUGCCACUUAGCACUUGUAUAAUCAGACUGCAAAUGGGAAUGAGGUUGUAAAUUGUAUUGAGAAAAGGGAUUGCGAAUAAAAAUCAACAAAUGUGAAAGCCCAGGAAAAUAUAUCCGGUAUUUCUGGUUUUGCUGGAUUUUUACAUUUUUAUAUAAUAAAAAUGCUAUUUUGAAAUAAA